AGUACUUACAAGGAUAUUAAAACUUUUUCAUCUCGGUAAUUGAACGGUAGUUGACGCUAUUCACUGGAGUUUAUUUAAGUGACAAAAUGGAUUGUUUAUGAGAAUACGGUUGUUUUUAUGAAAGCCAUAGUGUCAGUAUAGUAAUAAUAAUAACUGAAAUUGUCGACACAGUUCGAUGAUAUAGCGUCUUUAUAUUAUCUCAGCAUAGUGUAAUGGAUAAUAUAUCUGAUAUUGUUGUAGGGUUGUAGUAUUUACGGGAUAAAUUUAUAAUAGUUUUUAUUUCUACAGCUUUUGAAAGGACUAUAGCUCUAAUAAGCUAUACCGUUACACACAAUUGAAAUUAAAAUAUGGAAGUUAGGCCAGUAAUUUUUGACAAUCCAGAAAUCUUUUCUGAAGAAUUUCCCGACGAUGUGUCGGUUAGUGAUCUGUGUGAUUGUGGGCGACACAAACGUAGAAGACUACCUGGCUUCAGCAAGAAGUUGGCACAAAAACACAAAGGAGAAUUCGGAAAUACUGAUUACAAAUCAACAUUCAAACCCAUCAAGAAUGUCAGACCUCGAUCAAGCAAGCGACCCCCACCGUCUCCAAGAGAUCCCAACCCUCCCCCAAUGACAUUUGUCACCAACCAGAGAACAGAAUAUACGAAACCAAGCAAUCCAGAAAAAGUUGUGCCAUAUAAACCAGAGGAACAUUAUGAACCCCCGUCAAAUCCGUUUGCCACUGAUACAUUUUACAAAAAAGAAUAUACACCGAAAGUAGUGUUUCCUGAAAUAUGUCAAGUCUCACCUCGAGCUGAAACUUUAAGGUUGUCGUCUGCUAAAUUUGACCCGACGACUACCAGUAAAAGUCAUUAUAAGCGUUGGAUUUCUCAACCCUGCAAAUCCUUUGCAGAAUUACCAAGUUUUGCAGAUUCUAUAAUAUUUCCUAAUAAGGAGAAUUUACCAGAUAGUGUUACUAGAGAAACAUAUGUUAAACAACAUGUAGAAUCAACAGAGCCGGCCAAACCAGCUCCUGCUAAUUUAAAGAUUGAAGGAACUAUGGUAUUCGAUACGACACAUGGUAAAACAUAUCGCAAAAUUAGCGGUAAUCAUCGACCAGACAGAGUUAGACCACCAACUGAAAUGCCCAUCAAUUGGCAAAAGCGAGGAAAGUUUCAGUCAGAGACACAAUUCCGGCGAGAUUUCCCCGGGUUUGGCGGACACCAGCCUCUGCCACCAGACCCUGCGGAACCCCCAAAGACAACAGUUAAUUUAAAGUUACACGACAAAAGGCGCAGUUUUAGUACAGAACAGAGAGCUAUAUAUAAAGGCCAUGACGUAAAAACAUUUCCAGUGGCUAAAUCUUUUAAACGGGACGAAGAGGAAUAUAAACCACCAUCAAUUAAAUUUGAAACUGAAACUUGUCAAAAGAGAGACUUUCAACCGAUUGAUUUCAAAGAUGUGUAUCCCGUUCCUUCCAUUGUACCUGUUAAACAACUCCACACAACAGAUGAUGCUAAAUUCGAUGAUCAUACCAUGAGUAAAGAAUUCUUCAAGAAGUGGCCUGUGCAGGAGCGUGUUCGUUAUGGUGACUUCCACGAGAACAAGGCCUAUGCUCCGCCACAAAUUAAAUUUGAAGGGGAGAGCGAAAGUCAUGAAAAGUUCCAACCUAAAACACGAGAGCCGAUCACCAAUUAUAAACCCGAAUUUAAAACGAUGGACACUAAUGGUGAGAUGUAUUUGAGAACCUCGUAUUCAGACGAAUAUAAGGGACACAAAAUAAAGCUUUGUAGAGCACAGGUCUAUCUCCUUCAACAACAGUUUAAGAAGUGGCAAAAAGAACAAGCAGAGUUGACAAAUGCUCAAGCAGUAGUAGCCGUAAUGUGAUGACAAAGUAUAUUUUCAAAGGCGACCAACUUCAUGUUUGUAAGAGACACUGCCUUUUAUUUUCGUUUCGUUAAAAAGGCUUGAAUGUUGUAAAUUGUUUCAAUAUCAUUUAAUAAUCAAACUGGAAUAUACAGGUCACAAUUCUAUUGAAUACAAUUACUGCUUAUUACUUAGCGGCGUUUCGACUAGGCUUCUAUAGUCUUUAUUGCUUGAUAAAGACUUGUCGAAACGUCGCUCAGUAAUUGUAUUCUAUAGAAUUGUGACCUGUAUAUACGAAAUACUGUAGGCUUGUAACAGUGCCAAGUCAGAUUAAUCUCUCAAAGCCAUGGAUGUUUUCAUUUUGUCAUGGUUUAUAAAUAAUCACUAUUUAAGCUUAUGUAUAAAGUAUGUAUAUUUCGAUCAGUUACCAGUAUAUGUUUAUUGUGCACUUGUUAAGUUAAAUGGAUUUAAGGUAAUGUUAUCAUGUCAUUAUAACAUUACAUUGCUUGGUAAACAAUUUAAAGAGCUUCGUUACAGAUUUCUCUGAAAGCGUGUUUAGGCUAUUUUAUUAUCUUAUUAUUUAUUUGUUAGUUUUAAUAAAUGAUCUGUGUUAUUAAUCUGUAAUUAUUUAAUUUCGGAUUAUUUUCUAUAAAAUAUGAUUGUUAAAGGGAGAUUACUGUCUCAAGUGUAAUUAACUGUGUUGAUGUGCCGUUCUAUUAUUUUUAGUGCUUGUUACCUUUUAUUAUCCAACUAAUAAAAUAUGUGUUUCC